UAUAUAUUUCUUUGGUUCGUUUUGCUUUAUAUACACACACACACAUAUGUAUAUGUAUGUGUGCAUAAAUUAAGGGUUUUGCUUUUGUGUUUUGUUAGAAUUAGGAUGGAUGAUUUGAAUCGAUUAAGAAGGAUAAUUAAUUACAUGAUUUCGAUAUUUGUCUUGUUACUAUUAAUUGUUGUGGUGAUACUAAGAAAAGGCUUAGGAACCCUUGAUUAGUAGAUAAAUGGGCUGUUUUGGGACUUUCCAAUUUCUUUGAAAUGGUUAAAUUCUGCGUGACUUGAUAGUUUCUGCUCAAAUAGGGCAUUAUCUCUCAUUACUUAUUAUAUUUAUAUAAUUAUCAUAUUCCUGCAUCAUAAAAUUACUCUAAGCCAAAGGAAUACUAGCUUCUCAAUCUGCCUUGCUGCUUAUGCUGCGUGGUACUUUCUGGCCAGAGAAAUUCAAGAAUUUCAAGUUGGUUUCUUCAAGAAUUUGGGUUACUUGCUUAAUAUGGUUAUAUCUAAUCACAUUAAUUUUACAUUCUCUUGGUGCUUUUUAGUGAGUACUAAGGUAAAAAGACAAUAAUAAAACCAUACUAUCAAGAAAGAAAGAAAAGAAAAAGGCAGCACGUCAGAAUUCGAAACGGGGAAUUUCAGUUCAAUAAGACCGUUUUAGCAAUGAUCUCAGUGACCUUUAUUGGGUUGAAAUGUUGUGGAACGGGGCCAUGUUGUCCCUGACGCUUGAAUCUUGAUAUGGCUUCAGAAUACAUGGGAAAGUAGAGAGAUAUUAAUUGACGGAAUUAGGAACAACUGGAGGAGAAGACUGAAUGUUAUAGAACUGAAGGAGGAGAGAAUUUUAAUUUCUCAUUUGGAAGGAGAAGGAAGCAGAUAGGCAACAAAAUUAGGACUUGAGUAUUCUAAGGUUCCAUCUUCCAGAUUUCUGGAGAGCGUUGAAAAUGGAUUUGCUUGAGUAUAACGGAUGUUUGUGGAAGGGCGGGAGGCUGAGACUUGAGAAGGCUAAAGAACACUAUCUUCUUCGCUUGAAAAAGGAGUGGGCAGAAGAUGCUGAACUUCCAGAAAGUACGCCUAGUAAUGGCGUUGAUGCCGCUAAAAACAUGGAGUCUCUUGAAAACCCUAAGAAAGUCCUGAAGUCGGAGAAGAUGCCACUUCGCCUUUUCUUUCCCAAAUUAAAAAAGAUGAAAUCAUUGCCUUUCAGUGGAACAGGUAAGCAUAAAUAUAGUUUCCAACGCAUUGAAGUUCCUUCCCUCCCAAUCCAUUUUUGUGAUUGUGAGGAGCAUUCCGGUCAUUCUUACACUACCAAAGUAGAACACUUUCAUGAUCCUGAAACACAAAGGGGUGGCAUAAAUGAGGAAGAGCUUAAAAUAAUGAAAUCGGUGAUGAGCAAGAUCUUUGAGAGGGAAAAUAUUUCAGAGUCUACACGUCUUGAGGCUGGGUCAGCCAAUCAAGAAAAGAAUUCCACUGAAUCAAUUGAUGAUUUGAUAAUGAAAGAGAGUGAAGCAGAUGAUGAGGCUGAUGAAGAUAACCUUAUAAUGAACAUGGUGGCCGGUGGGAACAACAGAGUCGCUUUCUUUGGGAGCCAGGGCAAUGAGACAAUCUCAGCAAAUGAGGAAUCAGUACUGCAAACUUCUAAAUACAGGCCACCUCAGAAUAUGCUCAAAAGUCAGAAAAGAAAUAUUUUAACUUCCAACAAGAAGAGAUCAGCUCAUGCAGAAGAGAGUGACAAAAGUGAAUUCGUGUCUGCUACCCGUAAGAGAAAGUCAGAGAUACUACUGGAUUCUGAAAUCGUGGAACCAGAUCCACAGUCUGCUACCCCUGAGAGAAAGUCAGAGAUACUCCUGGAUUCUGAAAUCGUGGAACCAUAUCCACGUACCAAGCGAUCAAAAACCAAUGUUUCAUGGUCACAGAAGACUGCCUGGAGAAACCUGAUUGGUGAGAGGGGCAACAGUCCAUUCCUUGUCUCCCAGAUCAUGCAAACCACUGCUACAGACGAAGAGCAACCCAAAUCUGAUGGCUCAAGUGUGCCUGACCUUGCUGAAAGCAAAAGGCAGAACCUAGAAAAACAUGGAAACAUGGAGAUGCAACAACUUGAUGAAAGUCGGCCUGCUAAACCAAAUGAGGUCGUAAAUAAAUCUUCCAAAUCCAAAUCUGAUGGCUCAAGUGUGCCUGACCUUGCUGAAAGCAAAAACCAGAACCUAGAAAAACAUGGAAACAGGGAGAUGCAAAAACUUGACGAAAGUCUGUCUGCUAAACCAAAUGAGAUCUUUAAUAAAUCUUCCAAAUCCAAAUCUGAUGGUUCAAGUGUGCCUGACCUUGCUGAAAGCAAAAACCAGAACCUAGAAAAACAUGGAAACAUGGGGAUGCAAAAACUUGAUGAAAGUUGGCCUGCUAAACCAAAGGAGGUUGUAAGUAAAUCUUCCAGAGGUGCUUCUUGGCUACAAAAAUCCUCAUGGACACAACUGGUUGGUGAGACAAACAGAGGUUCAUUCAGCAUCUCACAGAUUUUACCAGGUAGUUUUGAAAGACAAGAGAUACUGGAACCCAAUGGCAUAUAUACUACAAAUUCAAGUGAUAGUAAACAUAGCAAUUUAUUCAAGCCAACUGGAAGUGAAUUUCCAGGAGAUGGUCCUAGAAUUUUGGGAAUUACAAACGAGAAUGUUCCUAAUAGUUCCAAUAUGGUUGCUUUGGCUGAGAAUCGGAAUGAUACUGAUCUGAAUGUUGAGCAGAGUACUCCAGAAAAUAAUGUCCAGACUGUCAAAGAGAACAACGAGGUUUCUGCUCCAACACUUGGGAAAGAACAACAUUCGGCACGAAAGCAAACAUCUGUCAAAGACUGGGAAAUCGGUGAAACUUGCCCUUUCAUGAAGAGUGAUGCUUCCAUGAGAGAGUGGGUGAAAACUAAAGUAGCUCUAAGUGCUUCGCUCCAGAAAAAAGGUAGUGAGAAGAAGGCAGCAUAAGCACUUCCGAAGUAUGUUUGAAAUUACUGGAGAAGAAAGAUUCAUGUAGUUGGCUCCAAUCAGUUUGAAUUAAGAUUUUGUUGAGUUGGGUUGUGUUUUAAGUAAAUUUGAGUAAGAUGAGCAUGGUUAAAAAUCGACCAACAUCAAAGCCCACAGACAGUAAUGUUUCACUGCAUGCUGUGGCCAUUUGAGCUGUGUAAUUUGGGCGAUCCUGUUAAUGAUUUCGUGGUGCCAACUCUUCAAAUUGUAGUCAUAAUACUUUCAACAGAAGAUAAUUUUAAGUAUCCAAUGUUUUGAUUGCAAAAUUGUUUUCUAAACCUGUUGUGGUUAUUUAACUGUACUUUGAGGUAUUAAUUACCAAAUUGUUUAGUAUCCUUUUGUGCUAUAUCCUUCUUAGGGUUGUGAUUUCAUAUAAACUGGCAGUUAGCAUUUUUUUCAAA